AGGAGUAUGUAGAGGAACACAGGGGUCUGUACAAGGACGUGAUGAUGGAGAAUCACCGGCCCCUCACAUCACUGGAUGGGCCCAGUAACAGAGAUACCCCAGAGAGAUGUCCCCGUCCUCUGUAUUCCCAGGAUUGUACAGAGGAGAAUCACAGGAUCCCACAGGAGGAUCAGGUAGAACGUCUGUCUGAUAUUAAAACAGAUGAUAUAGAGGGAGAAGGAGAGACGUAUGUGACUGAUAUGAAGGCAGAAGAUAUAGAGGGAGAAGAAGAGACAUAUGUGACUGAUAUAACGGCAGAAGAUACAGAGGGAGAAGAAGAGACAUAUGUGACUGAUAUAAAGGCAGAAGAUACAGAGGGAGAAGAAGAGACGUAUGUGACUGAUAUAAAGGCAGAAGAUGUAGAGGGAGAAGAAGAGACAUAUGUGACUGAUAAGAAGGUAGAAGAUAUAGAGGGAGAAGAAGAAACGUAUGUGACUGAUAUAAAGGCAGAAGAUACAGAGGGAGAAGAGACGUAUGUGACUAAUAUAACAGCAGAAGAUAUAGAGGGAGAAGAAGAGACGUAUGUGACUGAUAUAAAGGCAGACGAUACAGAGCGAGAAGAAGAGACGUAUGUGACUGAUAUAGAGGGAGAAGAAGAGACGUAUGUGACUGAUAUGAAGGCAGAAGAUACAGAGGGAGAAGAAGAGACGUAUGUGACUAAUAUAAAGGCAGAAGAUAUAGAGGGAGAAGAAGAGACGUGUGUGACUGAUAUAAAGGCAGAAGAUACAGAGCGAGAAGAAGAGACGUAUGUGACUGAUAUAGAGGGAGAAGAAGAGACGUAUGUGACUGAUAUGAAGGCAGAAGAUACAGAGGGAGAAGAAGAGACGUAUGUGACUAAUAUAAAGGCAGAAGAUAUAGAGGAAGAAGAAGAGACGUAUGUGACUGAUAUGAAGGCAGAAGAUACAGAGGGAGAAGAAGAGACGUAUGUGACUGAUAUGAAGGCAGAAGAUAUAGAGGGAGAAGAAGAGACGUAUGUGACUGAUAUGAAGGCAGAAGAUAUAGAGGGAGAAGAAGAGACGUAUGUGACUGAUAUAAAGGGAGAAGAUACAGAGGGAGAAGAAGAGACGUAUGUGACUGAUAUAAAGUCAGAAGAUAUAGAGGGAGAAGAAGAGACAUAUGUGACUGAUAUAAAGGCAGAAGAUACAGAGGGAGAAGAAGAGACGUAUGUGACUGAUAUGAAGGCAGAAGAUACAGAGGGAGAAGAAGAGACGUAUGUGACUGAUAUAAAGGCAGAAGAUAUAGAGGGAGAAGAAGAGACGUAUGUGACUGAUAUAAAGGGAGAAGAUACAGAGGGAGAAGAAGAGACGUAUGUGACUGAUAUAAAGGCAGAAGAUAUAGAGGGAGAAGAAGAGACGUAUGUGACUGAUAUAAAGACAGAAGAUAUAGAGGGAGAAGAGACGUAUGUGACUGAUACAAAGGCGGAAGAUAUAGAGGGAGAAGAAGAGACGUAUGUGACUGAUAUGAAGGUAGAAGAUAUAGAGGGAGAAGAAGAGACGUAUGUGACUGAUAUGAAGGCAGAAGAUAUAGGGGGAGAAGAAGAGACGUAUGUGAGGGGUGAUCAGCAGUGUAAGGAGGAGGAGAUCCCUACAGAUAUCAGCACAGAUGGACACACAAGCAGGAACAUCUCAGAAGGACAUCUAAUGUUAUCCCCGGAUUGUGACAUAAAAGAUAAUGACAGUAGACCGUAUUCUCCAGGAGAUAACCCCAUUACCCCAAUUAUACAUCCAGCUCUGUCAGCAGGUCCCUCUGAUCCUGGGAAAUGUUCUCCUGAUCACUCUGAUAUUGGGGCAUCUGUUACAGCUCUGACAGUAGAUACAGAGUUUCCCUGUUCUAUAGGUGCCAAAUGUUUUACACAGAACACAAAGCGUAUUACCCAACAGCCAGCUAAGGCAGGUGAGAGGCCAUUUUUAUGCUCUGAGUGUAGGAAAUGUUUUACAUGCAAAUCAGCUCUUGUUACACAUCAGAGAAAACACACAGGGGAGAGGCCAUUUCCAUGUUCUGAGUGUGGGAAAUGUUUUACACAGAAAUCAAAUCUUGUUAUACAUCAGAGAAGUCACACAGGUGAGAGGCCAUUUUCCUGCUCUAAGUGUGAGAAAUGUUUUUCAAGUAAAUCACAUCUUGUUGAACAUCAGAGAAUUCAUACUGGUGAGAAGCCAUUUUCCUGUUCUGAGUGUGGGAAAUGUUUUUUACAUAAACUCUAUCUUGUUAGACAUCAGAGAAGUCACACAGGUGAGAAACCAUUUUCAUGUUCUGAGUGUGGGAAAUGUUUUUUAAAUAAAGCACAUCUUGUAACACAUCAGAGAAGUCACACAGGUGAGAAACCAUUUCCAUGUUCUGAGUGUGGGAAAUGUUUUUUCCAGAAAUCAAAUCUUGUUACACAUCAGAGAAGUCACAGAGGUGAGAAACCAUUUCCAUGUUCUGAGUGUGGGAAAUGUUUUUCCCAGAAAUCAAAUCUUGUUACACAUCAGAGAAGUCACACAGGUGAAAAACCAUUUUCCUGUUCUGAGUGUGGGAAAUGUUUUACACAGAGAUCAAAUAUGAUUAAGCAUCAGAGAAGUCACACAGGUGAGAAAUCAUUUCCGUGUUCUGACUGUGGGAAAUGUUUUUUACAGAAAUCAGAUCUUGUUAGACAUCAGAGAACUCACACAGGUGAGAAGCCGUUUCCAUUCCCUGAGUGUGGGAAUUAAAUCCGCUCUUGUUGAACACAGGCAUUACCCAAGUGAGGAACCAUUUUAAUCUUCUGGAGUAUAAUCAUCAUUGCCAAGCAUUGUUCCUCAAGGUUCUGUCCUAUCUCCUAUACUUCUUGCAAUCUACAUGUUACCACUGGGUGAAAUAAUCGGACAUCAUGACCUGGUCUUCCACUGCUAUGCAGAUGACUUGUCUCCUGCUCCAUGUACUGAGAACCCAACACCAAUACCAAAUGGGAUGGUAAGGAUAUCCCGGUGGACAGAAUGCUGGCUGUCAAUAUACCACCAGCGGCAUCCCGGCCACCAGAAUACCGGCAGUGGGGUGAGUGCAUAGAGUUCCAUUGCGGGCUCCCUGCGCUCGCUAUGCUGCAGGCGCGGUGGCUUGCUGCGCUCACCACAGGUUUUAUUCCCACUCUAUGGGUGUCGUGGACACCCACGAGUGAGAAUAGCUGUGGCGAGUGCUGUCGGCAUUCCCGGCUGUUGGGAUUUCAGCGUCGGGAUAUUAACUACAUCCCAUCCUAAAUGGUUGUCUAGCUGAGCUCCAGGGGUGGAUGAUGCCAGUUGGCUGUGACUCAGUCUUAGUGGUACGUAAUAGAAGCUCACCUACAAAGGACAAGACUACAGCUUUACCAACCAUCAUGACUUAUGCUUUGGGGUUCAGAGUUACAAAAUGCUGACUGCGGAAUCUUUGUGUUGUCCUGGAUUGUGGCUGACACAGACAUCGGCUAUCCGCCACAUUCAAUUCCUCGUUCUUUGGACCAUAGCCAGACUCCAGCACUUAUUUCCCUCAGAAGAUCUGCCUACAGUCAUACAUGUAUUUGUAUACUCUCACAUAGACUACUGCAAUGCCAUCUACCUGGGUCUCCCAGCAAAAGAAUUGCACCGAUUGUAGCUAGUAUAGAUUGCAGCAGCCAGGCUGUUACCUAACCAGCCCGUUCCUGCCACAUAACACCCAUUCUCUACUCCCUCCACCGGCUGCCUGUAAGAUGGGAAAUCUAUUUCAUAAUCGGCUUACUGACCUUCCCAGCCCAACAUUACAUGGUCCAAGGUACCAGAAGCAGCUUCUGCCUCCUUACUGCCCUGCAUGUUUACUUCUGCAGAUAAAGGACUGUUACCAGCAGUACCAGGAAACUCCCAUAAUGCAUUUGGGGGUCAAACUUUUAGCUUUGUAGCCCUGGCCAUGGAACUUGCUGCCUCGCACAGUCCAAGAGGCCUCCAUCCUAGAGCCCUUCACAAGCAGGCUGAUGACUGACCUAUUACUCAUUUCAUUAAUGCUCCUCUAGUUCUUACAUAUAUCCCACAUGCUUAGUUCUUUGUUCUGUUGUUUAUUUUGUAUCUUGUGCUUUGUGUGAUUGUGUAAUGCCAGUUUGUACUAUCUAUAUUGCUGCACGACAAUAUGGCGGCCAUAGGAACGUGUUUCCACUUCUAGUUUCCCAUUCUUAUCUCAUCUGAUCAUCUUAAUCAGGAGUGUUGUGGGAUACAAGAUCCUAUCCAUAUAUACAUUAUCAUGUGCAUUAGAGUCACCCGGGUUCCAUCUGCAGUGGUUUGUUGUAUGUUACAUCUAUAUGGUGCGGAUACUCCUCUGUAUGAUUCCAUAAU